CGAGUCUCGAAGUAGACGGUCGUCCGUCAUUAAUACGAAGUGCUAAAAUGGCAGACACUAACAGAAGUAGUUAUGACUCCGGAAUUGUUACCGAUAUCGUUGAAACCGAAUACAAAAUGUGCCAUAAAUAUCGGGGAAGAGCCCUUAUCUUUAAUAACGAACACUUUGACGAUCCCAACUUAAAGUCCCGCGAGGGAACAAAUGUGGAUAGUGAGAGACUUGGAACUGUGCUUAAACGCUUGGGCUUUAAAGUCUUUGAAUAUAUGGAUCUUUCAAAAAGAGAUAUUUUGUAUAAUAUCAAAACGACGGCAUCGCGAAAUUAUUCGAAAUAUGAUUGUAUCUUAGUAGCGAUACUUUCUCAUGGUAAAACGGGUUACAUUCAUGCCAGAGACUCGGCUUAUUCACUGGAAAGUAUCUGGCGACCAUUUGCGACUGACAAUUGCCCUUCGUUGGCGGGCAAACCAAAGUUAUUUAUUAUUCAGGCCUGUCAAGGAGAUCUCAAGGAUCCAGGAUACCCCGCCCUUGAACCAGAAUUUCCAGACAACGAAAGCUUUUCAUAUAUCAAUUUCAGAAUACCGACUCAUCAGGAUUUUCUGAUUGCCUAUUCAACUUUACCUGGAUACUGCUCCUGGAGAAACACAGUCGACGGUAGCUGGUUUAUACAGAGUCUCUGUGAAGAGCUCACGGCCCAUGGGUCCAGUCGAGAUAUAUUAACUCUGCUGACAUUUGUGGCUCAACGUGUUGCUUUUAAUUUUGAGAGCCACAAUCCACUUAGAGCGACAAUGCACCAGAAAAAGCAAAUUACUUGUACCAUGUCCACGUUAACGCGAAAGUUACAUUUUUACGACAGUAGUGCGAUUUUAUACAAACAAUUUACGAGUAAAGUUGACGAAGAAAAAAUAAGUAUUUAAAUAAGCUACCAGUUUACAGCA